AUGAUCAAUUUUAUUCAUAUUAUUCUUUUUGCAUUGGUUUCGGCUAAAACUAAUGAGGAAGAAUUGAGAGAAGCUGCUUGCGUUAUAUUUUCCAGAUAUAUACUCCAGAUUCAAUCACAAUAAGCAAGUCCACAGAUUGGAAAAUUGAUUAAGGAAUAGAAUUAUAAUUAGGAUGAUGCCAUUUACGUAGUAUAAGCAGCAGCACUUGAUAAAUGCUUAAUUAAUAUCAAAUAAAGAGAAGUCACCAGAAUUUUGGAUGGAUUGUAAAAUUAGUAAUUAGAAUUGGAAAAAUACACUCAUCUCCAUGAUAAUAUUUAAUAUGAUAGAUUCAUCAAUAAUAAGCAAGAAUUAGCUAAGCUAAAUUAAUUGACUGAAAUAAUAAAAGAUGUUGAAGAAUUGAUUCAAACACAGUGGUAGAAGAGACCAGAUGUUGAAAAGAGAAGGUAAGAAUAACGAGAAUCCGAAGAAAUGGAUCAAGAAAUCUUAGAUUAAUUGAAUGAAGUACCAAUAGUAGAAUAAUUUGAUCUCACAAAAUUUUCAUUGAAACAUAUACUUCUUAAAAACAAGGAAUACUUGAUUUUUGCUAUCUUUAUUUUAGUGCCAAUCGUUUUGAUAUCAAAUGUUUGCUGUAAGUCUAGAGAUAAAAAUGAUAAGAAGAGUUCAGACAAAAAAUCAGUAAAGAAUGAAAAAAAGGAAUCAACAAAAUCAAACACUGAAAAUAAGGAGGUAAAGGAAUCAUCUCCAGCCAAAAAGUCUGGUAAAAGUGAGAAAAGUAAAAGUAAAAAAGAAUGA